AUGGGAAGACCUAAAGACUCUAAAAAAAGUCUUGUUCAUCCUACUACAAGUUCAACGGUCACUUCGGCGACCGCUGGUUCUUCAAAGACGUCAGCUCCUUUAAAAAUCAAGCUUCCAAAGCUGGGAAUUUCUUCAAAGGAGAAACAAAAGCAGCAUCUGGCACACACGGGUACAAAAAAAAGGCCCAUUAUAUUGGGUAAAAUACCUGAAGACGAUGAUAUCGAGGAUAAAGACGUUCCCGUUGAGGAGCAAUUUAUUUUAAGAUUGAUGGUCCCCGAGGACGUUAAACAAAGAUUUAGAGAAAAGGUUAAAAGUGGAAAAUCUAUCGAAGAUAUCGGAAUCAUUUUUAAAGAUCCUCGUCGUGCAAUCUUUACGUUUGAGAAUCAAAAGUAUCGUGCUAGAUUAGUUGAUUUACCUUGUAUUAUAGAGGCUCAAAAAACUUUCAAUAAAAUACAAUACUACAAGGUUGCUGACAUAUGUCAGAUGUUGAUUGUAGAAUCUCAGAUUUCAUCUCAGGAAGAUGAACAAUUAUUUACUGAAAAUUCCAAAUCUUCAAAUGUUGAUGAAUUUGAAUGGUAUGACGGAUUAACACCUUCCCUGAAGAAUGUCAGAAAAAGAAGAUUCAGAAAACGCAUAUCUGCAAAGAAAAUUGAAGAUAUCGAAAAAGAGGUUGAAAAAUUAUUACAUGAAGAUUCGUUAGCAGAGGAAGUAAAGCUGGAUUCAGAAGCAUCAUCUUCAGCAUCGGAGGAUGAUGAUGAUAGCGUGGAUGAAGAUCCGGAAUUAACACAAAUAUUUAGCAAACGUGAAGAGUUAACAACAGAAAUUUCCAGAUUAGAACAAGAUAUAAAUAAUCUCGAAACUCACUUCGCAUCUGCAAUCAAUCCAUUAAUACAGGGACGGCUCACCAGUAAAAUUGCUUCUGCUAAAGAAGAAAUUUCACAAAAGCAACAAGAGAUUGAAUCUUGUGAUAAACGAGUAUCCGAAAUUCACGAUAGAAUGAAGGCUCAAGUUGCAGAAUUAAAAAGAAUGACUAAAGGAAAAGGAAGAGAAUCUGAUGAAGAUUCAGAAAAUGAUAUGAUGGAUACCGAGAAUAAUGAUGGAAAAUUCAAAGAAAAUAGCGAAGAAAGUGAAAAUGAAUUAGAGAAAUUAGAAGAAUUAGAAGAUAAUAGUACCUCUAAAAAGAGUGAAUAA